GCAACAACAACCACGUACACCGCCAUGCCCCCGCGCCCGGAGUUAGCUGAGCCACGCAAACGCAAGAAUUUUACCGAGAAUGACGACAUCCUGCUGCUGAAGCAGGUGAUUGCCGACGAGCCUUUUCGCUACGGCGGCGGCAAAGUCAUGGACAAAUGGGACAAAGUCGCCGAUGUGUUGCUGUCAAGCCCCCUUCUCGCGUGAGACGCUGGCUGGUAAAACAGCUCAGAACCGUACUACACUGCUACUUGAUGCAGCGAAGAAGAAAAAUGCAGCAGAGGCCCGUCUUUCAGGAGUUGAAGUGACGCUAUCGGAGAAGGAAGCGCUCGCCGAGGCGCUACUCGAGACGAUGGCAGAGUAUCGCCAUGAUAGGGCUCUUAAGAAGGCAGCAGAGGCUCAAAAGGCUGAAAUCGCCGAGGCAGCAGGUGAGACGGUCCGGAAGUUGGCAGUGGAGCGCCUAAAGCGGCCGGCCGCAGAGGACGGCGAAAGCCCUACGAAGAGGACGAAGCUCGUCAAGAUCGUUGGCAUCCUGGCCGAGUACAAGGAGAAGGAGCUGGCGGCCAAGAAGGAGCAAUGGGAGGCGGAGCGUGCUGACCGCAUUGCGCUAGAGCGGGAGCGACUAGUUGUCGAACGCCAGCGACAAAUCGACAACCAGCGACUUAUCGAGGUGCUCGCAGUUCUAGCCAAAAAGUAGUAUGUAGGUGUUGUUGUUGCUGCAAUGCUACGGAAUCACAUCAUUUGAUUUUGGUU